GCUGCGAAUCCACCUGAGCGCGACAUAACGUCCUGGGCUGACAGACGUCAGAGCUCAUCUUGUAGGGAAGUUGCUGGGAGUCACUCGUGGUGGCUGGAUCCCCGUUUGGGAGGGUAGCAAAGGAAGCCAGAGCUGAGAGCUGUGCCUUGGAGGAGAUGCCAGGGUUGUCCAUUACCCUCCCGCCCAGGGGACACAUUCUAGCCUUAGUGGAGUCCAGGGCCGUGCAGCUGUGUGAAGAACCUCUCUAGGUGACAGCUGGGCAGAGCAGCCAUUAGAAGAGCACGUUCCGGCCCCUGCAGUGAGACGUUCUGGUUCAAAUCCCCGAUCCCGGGAGCCACGCGUAGGUGUGAAUGUGAGCGAAGGCGUUUUUGACAGUAGUAAUUGGGAUUGGAUCUCUCGAGCUCCUCGGGUCCGCAAAGAAAGUCAAUGUCAACUUCCAAGACACUGAUGGGUUCUCGGCGCUGCACCACGCUGCUCUCAAUGGGAACACAGAGCUCAUCUCACUGCUGCUGGAGGCUCAGGCCGCUGUGGACAUCAAGGACAAUAAAGGGAUGCGGCCCCUGCACUACGCCGCCUGGCAAGGCAAGAAGGAGCCCAUGAAAAUGGUGCUGAAAGCCGGGUCGGCCGUGAACGUCCAGUCAGACGAGGGGCAGAUCCCCCUGCACCUGGCGGCGCAGCACGGGCACUAUGACGUGUCGGAGAUGCUGCUCCAGCACCAGUCCAAUCCGUGCAUCGUGGACAUUUGCGGGAAGACGCCCCUGGACUUGGCGUGUGAGUUUGGCCGGGUCGGGGUGGUCCAGCUGCUCCUGAGCAGCAACAUGUGCACAGCCCUGCUGGAGCCCAAGCCGGGAGACGCCACCGACCCCAACGGCACCAGCCCCCUGCACCUGGCAGCCAAGAACGGGCACAUCGACAUCAUCAGGCUCCUGCUGCAGGCUGGCAUUGACAUCAACCGGCAAACCAAGGCGGGCACGGCCCUGCACGAGGCAGCCCUGUGUGGCAAGACGGACGUGGUGCGCCUCCUGCUGGACAGCGGGAUCAACGCCCACAUCCGGAACACGUACAGCCAGACGGCGCUGGACAUCGUCCACCAGUUCACCGCCACCCAAGCCAGCAAGGAGAUCAAGCAGAUGCUGCGGGAUGCCUCGGCGGCGCUGCAGGUCAGGGCCGUUAAAGAUUAUUGCAACAACUACGACCUGACCAGCCUGAAUGUGAAAGCCGGGGACGUCAUCACCGUUCUGGAGCAGCACGCGGACGGCAGGUGGAAGGGCUGUAUCCAUGACAACCGGACCGGCAAUGACCGCGUGGGCUAUUUCCCGUCCAGCCUGGUGGAAGCCAUCAGCAAGCGCACAGCAGGUCCGUGGGGCGCAGUCACCAUUCCCCACCACUACCAAACGAUCCCGCUCCCAGCGCCCAGGGCGGCUGUGCUUAACGGUGACUCCUCGUCCCAUCCGUUCCAUUUCUUGCCUCCACCUCCACCUCCUCCACCACAUUCCCAUCAGCCUCUUUUCAGUUCCUUUGGCUAUCACAGGCUCUCCCAUAGCGCUGCAGAGGAGCUGCCUUUUGGACCAGGUUCCCGGGGGUCCGACAGCCCGUCGCAUCUGUCGCCGUCGCAGGGCGGAUCCGCUGCCACGCCGGCUCCAGUGGAAGAGAUCUGGGUGCUGCGCAAACCCUUUGCAGGUGGGGACCGCAGCAGCCUGGGGAGCACGGGAAGCGUGGCCAGUGCCCGGAGCUCGGGAAGUGGCAGCCAUGCCCUGCACGCUGGCUCCGAAGGGGUCAAGCUGCUGGCGACGGUCCUGUCCCAGAAGGCGUCGGUGCAAGAGUCUGUGGUGGGUGAUGGGCCGGGCAAGGCCCUGGAGGCUCCUGCAGGGUCGUCUCGGACCCAGAGCCUGGCCAGCUCUCCCUACGCCGGGCAGCCACCCGCCGAGCAGCAGCUGAAGAAGAUCGAGCCAAUGUCAGAAGGGAAGAGCUCCGAGGCCGUCUACCAGUGGCUCUGCAAGUUCCAGCUGCAGCUGUACGCGGCCAACUUCAUCAACGCCGGGUACGACAUCCCCACCAUCAGCCGCAUGACGCCAGAGGACCUCACAGCCAUCGGCGUGACGAAACCCGGGCACAGGAAGAAGAUCACCUCGGAGAUCAACAGCCUGAACAUCCCCGAGUGGCUUCCGGAGUACAAGCCGGCCAACCUGGCUCUCUGGCUCUCCAUGAUCGGCCUGGCCCAGUACUACAAACUCCUGGUGGAGAACGGCUACGAGAACAUCGACUUCAUCACGGACAUCACGUGGGAGGAUCUGCAGGAGAUCGGGGUCACGAAGCUGGGCCACCAGAAGAAGCUGAUGCUGGCGGUGAAGAAGCUGGCAGAAAUCCAGAAGGCCGAGUACGUCAAGUACGAGUCGGGGACCCUGAAGAAGAAGGCGCCCCAGUCUCUGGACGUGCUGGCCAUCGAGUCCCCCCAGCAGGAGAACGCCGAGUGCCAGUCUCCCAAGAUGACCACCUUCCAGGACAGCGAGCUGAGCAACGAGCUGCAGGUGGCCCUCACGGGCACGGGCGAGGCCUCCGAGGGCCAGGAGAAGCAGGCGAACCAUGUGGCACACAUCCGGGACGGAGCAGGCUACCGGGGCCCCUCCUCCAGGCACGUGCAUGAGAACAGCCUGAGCGGCCGGGCCAAGCACAUAAGCAGCUCCCAGGAGCUGCUGGGGGACGGGCCCAAGGGGCCGAGCGCAGCCAUGUCCAAGAGCCAGGAGUUCCUGACGGAGGAGGUGAAGGAGGGGCCCCCCAGCGUGCCCAAGGAGGUCAGGCCCGUGCGGCACGGGCACCCCGUCAAGAGAGCCAGCGUGCCCCCGGUGCCAGGCAAGCCCAGGCAGUCAUUCCCCCCGGCCGGAGGGCGCUUCACCCCACCGCAGACGCCCACCAAGCCGCGGCCGUCCUCGCCCCAGACGCUCAUCGUGGCCCAUGCCACGGCCAAGGUCAAGCCCACGCCGCAGCUCCUCCAGCAGGCUGACCGCCCCAUGUCGCCCCGGUCCCUGCCCCAGUCCCCCACCCACAGGGGCUUUGCCUACGUCAUGCCACAGCCCGUGGAGGGCGAAAGCCUCGCCCGGCACCCCCCGGGCCCCGUGGCACAAGGAGUCCCAGUCCUGCCGGUCUCGGUGCCCGUGCUCUGCCUGCCGCCGCAGAGUGGGGAGGCGGAGGAGGAGCUGGGCAGGCCGAAGAAGCGCGCGCACAGCCUGAACCGCUACGCCAUGUCCGACAGCGAGCAGGAGCGGGACGAGCUGCUGGUGCCGGACGCCGGGCCCUACGCCACAGUGCAGCGGCGGGUGGGCAGGAGCCAUUCGGUGCGGGCACAGUCUGGUGGAGACAAGAACGUCAACCGCAGCCAGUCUUUUGCUGUCAGGCCCAAGAAGAAGGGGCCGCCCCCGCCGCCCCCCAAGCGCUCCAGCUCCGCCAUCUCCAGCACCAACAUGGCCGACGACUUCAGCAAGGAGGGGGAAGGGGCCGCGCCCGGCGGGGAGGAGGAGGAGGAGGCGCAGGAGAGUUACCGGGAGCAGCGGCGCGCGAGCGACGUGGGGGGCAGCGUGGACACAGGCAGCGCGGGCAGCGUGAAGAGCAUCGCCGCCAUGCUGGAGAUGUCCUCUAUUGGCGGGGGCGCCCGGGGGCUGGCCCUGCAGAAGCCUCACCCAGGAGGAGGAGGGAAGGGACCCGACGGCUACUACCUGCACCCUGCUGGCGCCAUGCACCUGGCCAGCCCGGAGCAUUCCCGCGUGGCCGCCGUCCUGGCCACUGCGAAGCACAAAGACGCCAUCGGCCUGGACGGGGAGGUGGUGAACCGGCGCAGAACCAUCAGCGGCCCCGUGACCGGCCUCAUCGCGGCCGCCCGCCGGGAGCGCUCUGACAGCAUCCGGUCGGACACGGGCAAGGACGGUGGCCCGGUGGAGCGGCUGCGGGCGGAGCCCGGGGGCUCCCCCCAGAACAGCUCGGCUGAGAACAUCCCCUUUGCCGAGGACGGGACCCUGACCAUCAAGCAGCGGCCCCGGCAGAUGGGGCUGGCCAAGGGCGAGGCAGGGGAGGGGCUGUCGCCUGCUCACCGGCACGGGGACCUGGCCAAGGUGGAGGCCAGCGCCACACUCAAGAGGAGGAUCCGGGCCAAACAGAGCCAGCAGGACAGCGUCAAGUUCAUCCUGACCGAGUCGGACACGGUCAAGCGACGGCCCAAGUCCAAAGACAAGGAGCAGGGGCUGGAGCCGGCCCCCCUCUCCGUCUACCAGAACGGCACCGGCACCAUCAAGCGGAGGCCGGCGUCUGAGAUGAGCGGCGCGGAGACGCCCCCGCUGGGCCCUGCUGCAGGCCACAGGCAGGACAGGCUGGAACAUGUGCCGCAGGCUGUGGGCGGGGAGCCCAAAAAGCCCUUCAAGCCGCCGGUCUCUCCCAAGCCCGUGUUAACCCCACAAGCACAGAAGGUCCCCGGGCCGCCCACACCCACUUCCAAAAAGGCACCGAUCCCCAGCCCCGGCAGCCCAGAGGUGAAGCGAGUCCAUGGCACCCCACCCCCGGUGUCGCCCAAGCCCCCACCGCCCCCGACGGCACCCAAGCCCCCCAAGCUCCACGCUGCCAUUCAGUCAGUGAGCGCGGGCUCCACGCCCAGCCCAUCCCCUGCCAAGCAGCUCACCACCACGAUCAAGCCUUCAAGCACACCGCCUUCGCUCUGCUCGAGCCCCGCCAAGCCCUUGUCGCCCGGCGGGCAGCCCCAGCAGGUGCCCGUCAAGCCGCCGCGCUCCUCCAUCGCCGGGCCCUCGACGGAGAGCGCCAGCCCCGAGAUGGCCCACCAGAAGCUGGAGGAGACCAGCGCCUCGCUGGCAGCUGCCCUGCAGGCCGUGGAGGAGAAGAUCAAGCAGGAGGACGGGCAGGCAGCAGACUCUGCCACAGAAGCGAAGAGCACAGUCAGCAUCCUGGACGACAUCGGCAGCAUGUUCGACGACCUGGCCGACCAGCUGGACGCCAUGCUGGAAUGAGGCCCGAGGAGAACCCCAGCUAACCUCAGGAUUUACCGUGGGUACAAGGGCACAACGCUCCCCUGACUCCCAGCCCCCCUCCCUGUCCCCCCUCGGCGACUAGCCCAUCCUUCGGGGUUUGCACAAAGAAGAAAAGAUUACCUCAGGAUUGUGCUCACACAGACCGCGGCCUGCGGCGCUCGGGGCAGGCUUUUGGCGGGAGUGGGUUUGCAGAAGCAAAAAAACAAAAAGCCCUGUUAUGUUUUUUUCCCUACCUAAGUAGCAAGCGACUGUGGGAUAAAGGCGCCCGUAAUGCCAUCGAAACCCAACUGCCAGGCCGAGAACGCAGUGGGGUGGGGCUCGUCCCCUGACUCGCCUCUCCAGGCCAAACCCGAACCCCAGCGAGAACGGUUCUGUUCCGGUUGUGCCGUCUAGCUGAACUUCCGCCUUUUUUAGUUUGAACCAGUCGUCCUCUCUCUCGCCGGACUCCCAGAUGUGACAACUCUGUGUGUAGCCAAACGUGGCCCGAAUCAGUAUUGAUCCGUCUGCUUUCCUCCCCGUUCGGUUUGGGUUAGACUCUUGUUCUGGUGACGCCGUGUUGCUAUCGUGUCUCGACCGAGCACUGCCAUUGGCCCGUAUGCCGCCGUCUGCAUUCCCAUGUCCCCGUCUGCUGAUGUUGGGAGACGCUAGGAGUGGGUGCCAGGGUGGGGGCUUGCCCGCUGGCGUUCGGUUAGCUGCAUGCUUUGUUUUAUUCGGAAGGUGUUUGUUUGUUCUUUCCUGGUGCUGAGAAGCUGUGACCGUGAGACGUUGUUCUGGUGACAAGUCCGGUUUGACCAAUUAGCUCUUUCAUUUUUUAAAAACGAUUAUUUUUUCUGUGUUCUGGUUAUUUUGGGGGCCGUCUUGCCGGGGAAGCAGCGCUCUGCGCCGGCACCGUGAGAACGCUUUGUAGGUUUGCAUGCUCGAGACAGUGUUAUGACAAGAAAAGAAAAAUAUAGAAAAGACCCCCCCCCACGUACCACUCCCUGCUGGGGGCGGCUCCUGGCGGCUGCCCGAGGAGGUGGUUCCCGGGUGGCUUUCACUGCACAGAAAGGGCUGUUGGAAAUCUGAGCACAGCCCCACCACCUGCCCCGUUCUCCACGCUCAGCCGCUUGGCUUCCAAAGACUUUGUCCUUGACACGGACUGUUCAGCCUUUAAUGCCUGUCCUCACCCCGCUCCUCUGCACAGGCUUGCUGGCCGCAGGGGCCUGGUUGUGCUCGGUGGACGCUCGUGGCAGCAGACUGGGGGCCCCAGAGGGAGGUCUCCAUUGAAAGGGAUGCUUGCGUGCGUGCGGUGUCCCCGGAGCAGUGGGGCUGCGGGGGACUCGGUGCGAGUGGGGAUCUGGGGCUCACCCUUCGGGGAUGGCGUGAGCUGGGCUGUGGAGGGGGUGAGCGGUGGCAGGGCCGGAACGUUGUGCUGGGGGCGGGGCAGAGACUCCUCCUGCAGAUGCUGCUUGAGGGCAGGGGCCUAGGGGCUUGUCAGCGCCCUGAGGGCCGUGGGCGCCAGGCUGUGGGUAUUCAGAGCCAGGGAUGGGGCUGCAGCACCCCUCAUACAAGCACAAUACAGGAGUCCCUAGUGCUGGAUUCCCAAGUAGCCGGUCAGGCCUCACUGCUCCAGUGCUGUUGCUCCUUCCCCCCACCAGCCCAGAGGGCAGGGCUGGGGCCGCGCUAAUGCCUCUGGAGCAGAGGGAGCUCAGGGAACAAAUCCCUUUCCUUGUCCCAGUCAGCCCUGCAUGGGGGGCCAGCAGCAUUUCCUGGUACUGCUCUGUUACGUGGGGCUCACUCGUCCCCCACCCUGCGCCCCAGCCCUGCCUGCCGUCUGGGAGACCAGCUUGUGUCAGAGCGUGACCUUGGAGAGCCGCAGUAGCUAACACGUGUAUAACCCCGUAGCACGCGGCCUGGGCAGGUUAGCCUCACGGCUAAGCCCUGCUGGAACGACAGCUGUGGCAGACAGUUCCUCCCUGCGCCACUGACUGACAGAGCAGGUGCCGCACCCUGCUGGUUAAUCCCGCUGCUCCGGGCGGUGUUCUGAACACCCCGCCAUCCGUGGGGAGCCCAGCCCUGGGCGGGAGCCGCUCUCCCUAGAAAUGUGCUGCCAGUUUCCAGUCCAGGCCCAUGGGCUCCUGCUAGUCCAGUGUCCCUUCUCCGCGAGGGACCAGUUCCAGAUGCAGCAGAGGCGGGCGGGUGUAAGAAUGCCGCAGUGGCAGAUGUAGGAUAACUCCCCUCCACUCUCAUUAGGCCUCCUCCUGGUCUCUUAGGGCUUGUCUGCAGGGCACCGCCGGGAAUUGUAGAGCUGAAAGGAAGAGGGAGCAGGUUUAAGACAAACAGAAGGAAGGACUUCUUCACACAGCACACCGUUAACCUGGGGAACUCAUUGCCAGGCGGUGUGGUGAAGCCAAAGUAUAACUGGCUUCCAAAAAGAAUUAGAUCAGUUCAUGGAGGAUUGGUCCUUCGAUGGCUGGACAGCAGGGGAUGGAUCAGUCAAAAAUUGCCCUGUUCUCUUCAUUCCUUCUGAACCAUGUGGUGCCAGCCGCUGCCAGAAGCCAGGACACUGGGCUGGAUGGACCGUUGGUCUGAGCCAGCGUGGCCGUUCUGUUACGAUGCACCGUGUACCUUUUAGCUCGUGCUCAGCCAUUCCCACCCCUCUGGCUUGCACCGCAGGGCCAUGGAGACAAGCCCUACCCGGCAGCAUUUGGCUACAGCCCUGAGGCAGGAGAUUUAAUGUCCCUGCCCAUGUGUGUGUUGCCAUUAGUUACGCUAACUCCGGUUCUGCUGGAUUCCCCCUAGAAAUGUCCAGUCUCCAAGGGGCAGGUGACCCCUGCGCUGCGAUGCUGGCCCAAGGGACUGGGGCAGGGGGGCAUCGGUUUCUAAAGUCUCAAUGUCCUGCCCCAUGUCUAGACCCUGGCUCCCUCCUCCCUGCCCCUUGCUGUGUCUGAACAAGCAGGGGUGACACCCGGACCAGAACUAACAGCCGUGGAACUGUGAGUUGGGCUCAAGCAUCAAUGCCUGGGGUCGGCCAGCAGGGCCGAGGCCGCGCAGCUGAUGUGUUGUCAGGGCUUUUCCUCCAAAUGCUUGACAGACCAGCAUUUCCCGUCUCCAAGGGCUCCAGUUCCGAGACCUCCCAUCCUGCAGCCUGUGCCCAGGUAGGUAGCUGUUACUCGCAGGCCUGGGCCGAUGGAUGUCAGUGGCACCAUGUGUGAGUGAGGGGGCUGGGAUCAGCUUCCCUGCUUCUUGCAAGAGCCAGUGAUUUUCCCCCGUCACAUCCCAGUACGUCUGCUCCUUUGUCAAACCAAUGACCUUGGGGACCCAAAAUUGGGCUAGAGGCAUUCAGCCAAGCCCACGGGCUCAGCUCCUUCGCUUCUGGCUGGAGCCUCCUGGUCCAAGAAGGUUGUUAGCGCGCUCUGUCCCCCCGUAGGUUUCUUACAUGCGCUGAGCUCAUUGCAGAGGAAAGAGGGCCUGAGCCGAAGCAAGCAGAGCAGUGGUGCACAUGGCUGAGCGAGGCCUGGAUUUAGGACAAUGCCUGCUGCAGUGAAGUGUUGUGAACACUUCCUAGUUGGGGAACAAAAACUCUUUCUGUGGAGGGUGAUAAGGGAUGAAGAAAUAAUAAGCUAUAUACAGAAGUAUUAAUUUAUUGGGAAAAAAAGAUUUAAGACAGAUAUUUUCCCCCAGAAAUUAAAAAAAAGAAUAAACUUUAACAAAUAUAUAUUUAAAAUAUUAAAAAUAGUAUCAAUUAUAUAAUAAAAGUUUUUAAACAAUCAAGAGAACUGGAUUUUAGCUUGAGAAAAUCUAUUAGAUUACAAUAAACUAUGUCUUUGUGGCAAGAUCAUAUUAAGAGUAGCACAAGCAUAAGAUACCUUUUAUCUCGUUAGAAGGUCUGUGCAAACAGCUUUCGGUUUGUUUUUCUGUUGGAAUUCAGUGUUCUUCCUUUAUUUGUACACAGUUUAAGAAACUCAAAGGAUGUGCCUUGUUUCAUGAAGGUUUUUGUUAACUCUGAUCUGGAGGUUGUUUUAUUUUUCUUAGGUGUCUUCAGGAUUGGUUUUUCUUUUUUAUAUAUGUGUGUGUGUGUGUGUGUGUGUGUGUGUAUUCUCGAGAAUACACAGCUGUAUAUUCAUGUAUAAACAGGAUUUGGAGUCUGGUUUAUCGCUUGAAUUCUGAUGAAUGCAUUUUGCUUGUGGUUUCAAAACAAAGUGUUGAUGUAAUUUUUUUCUGAGAAGUACAAACUGCUCUCUCUCUCCCAUUGUGUUUGCUGAUCCAGAUGUGUUUGGCACAACUUUGAAAUUUCUUUAAAAAAAAGCCUAGAACUAUCUGUUGUAAAGAAAAAAAAUGUAUCUUAAAAAAAAAUCCAUAAAGUUCUACAUGAUGGAUAUAUACAUAUAUAUAUAUUUUUUAUGAUUAAGUUAUGGAAUCUGUAUUGUAUUCCCAUUCUGUCAAAGCUAUGCAUCUUGGUGCUUUUCCCUGCUCUUCUGUGCUUCGGUUCCACCUAUAUUAUUAUGACUAUUCUGAAUAUUAAAUGGCUCGUGGUGCUUUGAAGACGUUUGCUCCUAUAAAAAGUCUGGCAACAAAUAUUUAAAGGAAAAAAACAAACCCUUAUCAACCUUAAUUGUAAAAGAGACAAAUGUUAUUUUUAUUGUUGGGAAUUAACUCCAACCAAACAAAUUCCAUGGUACAAACCAUUCCUAAAGCACCAGGUUGUACAGUGUGUGUAUAUGUCCUUCUGGUCCCCUGCGAUGGACUGACUCAUACUGUAAUUUUUUGUCAGGCAUGUGGCAGUGGUAUGCUCGACUGACUGCAUUUACUGCCAUCGGCUCUCAAUAAAUGUCUGAAAA